CGUGGCGGGAUUAUCAUACACCACUGGUUUGUCUUUUUUGUUUAACAAAAAUCAAAAAAGGGGAAAAAAAAAUCACCGAUUCUCGGUUUCCGUGAUCUUCUACCUCGAAUCGAAUCGAUAGGUACAACAAAAGAAGAUCCAAUCCAACGUUUAUUUUUCGAUCGAAAUCUAAAAGCUGUUUCUGAUCACUGCCUCAAUCGGAUUCAGCUGUUGUUCCUCAUCAAUUUCCAAUACUGGAAGGUUUGAUUCUGGUCUAGCAACCCAUGAAGUUUUGAUUCAAAUUUCGAAAUAUAUAGAGCCAUGAGUUUUGUUUUUCGAGGAACAAGAGCAGAUAUGGAAAAUGGGUUUCCUGGAUUUAUACAUGAGAGGCGUGCAUUGCGUGUUCAUACAGCACGUCCUAGUAAUUCCAAUUCACUCACUUUUCUUGUGACAGUUCUCCUGUUAUUCAUGAUACUGAACUCUCACCAAAUGUCACCAAAUUUUCUGCUUUGGCUGGUGCUUGGUGUUUUCUUGAUGGCUACAAUGCUAAGGAUGUAUGCAACAUGUCAACAGCUUCAAGCGCAGGCCCAAGCUCAUGCGGCAGCAGCCAGUGGCCUUCUUGGCCACACGGAACUGCGGUUGCAUAUGCCACCAUCAAUAGCACUCACAAGCCGAGGGCGUCUGCAGGGUCUCAGACUUCAGCUUGCACUUCUUGAUCGGGAGUUUGAUGAUCUAGAUUAUGAAACGUUAAGAGCUCUGGAUUCAGAUAAUGUUUCUGCUUCACCUUCUAUGACUGAAGAAGAGAUAAAUGCUCUUCCCGUCCACAAAUACAAGGUUUCUGGUCCCCAAAGCAGUAUUUCCUCAAUGCCACAAGCUUCAUCUUCCACUUCUGCUGAGAAGAAGCAAGAUAAUUCGAAUGCAGUUGGAAGCAUCAAAGCCUCUGAUGAUGAGCUCACUUGCAGUGUAUGCUUGGAGCAAGUUAAUGUUGGAGACGUACUGCGUAGCUUGCCCUGCUUGCAUCAGUUUCACGCUAAUUGCAUUGAUCCCUGGCUGCGGCAACAAGGGACUUGCCCUGUCUGUAAAUUCCGAGCAGGAUCCGGGUGGAAUGACAGUGGACAUAAUGAUAUCGCUGACAUGGUUUGAAUGGUCUAAAACUUAUGUAUGGACGUGUGAUUAUAAUCUACUAUAACUGUAACUUACUCUCAUCAUGUAUGUAAGCUAGUGGCUUAUGACUAGUAUUCGUGUAAUUACCCUGACUUAGUGAUAUGAGGAAUACCGUAUAACAACUAUAGAAGUUAUAAAAUUUGUUUCCCAUUGAAAUUACGAAGUUUCUUGGG